CCCUUUGCGUCUCCAUCUCUCUCUCUCUCUCUCUCUCUUCCUCCUAAGAACCAGUCAAAAAAUUGAUUGUAACCUCCUCGUCCUUCUCUCUUUGACUCCUCUUUGAAUUUCUAGUCACCGAUUUAGGGCUUCCGAGCUUUUCUCGCCACUUCCUUCUUCUCUCGGUUUCCUUUUCCGUCUCCAGUUUUUCGAAAUUUGAAUUCCCUUUCCUUAUUAGAUUUCGAAAUCAUCAUGAUCUCUGCUUCGAUCAGAUCUUAAAAUAUCUAUAUAAUAAUUAUCUUCCUAGAUAGCUAUAUAGAUAUAUUUUCUGCUGGAUCGGCUUAGGGUUUAUAAUCAUGGUGGGAACUCAAUCUCUUAAAAGCUAUGGAAUCACGAAGCCGCUCUCUGUUUCUGGUCCUUCCGCGGCUGAUUUGAAGCGUAAUUUGGAGCUGGAGAAGUUUCUGGUUGAUGAGGGGCUGUACGAGAGCAAGGAGGAAACCAUGCGGAGAGAGGAAGUUCUUGGACGCAUUGAUCAGAUUGUAAAAGACUGGGUGAAAGAGUUAACUCACCAGAGGGGAUAUUCAGAUCAGAUGAUGGAGGACGCUAACGCUCUCAUUUUCACUUUUGGAUCUUACCGUCUUGGAGUGCACGGACCUGGGGCUGAUAUUGAUACUUUAUGUGUUGGCCCAUCUUAUGUCAACCGAGAGGAGGAUUUCUUCAUCAUCUUGCGUGAUAUAUUGGCUGAGAUGGAGGAAGUGACUGACCUUCAACCUGUUACCGAUGCCCAUGUCCCUGUCAUGAAAUUUAAGUUCCAAGGAAUAUCUAUUGAUCUUUUGUAUGCUAGCAUCUCACUUCUUGUUGUGCCACAGGAUCUGGAUAUCUCCAACUCUUCUGUGCUUUCUGAUGUUGAUGAGCAAACUGUCCGCAGUCUCAAUGGUUGCAGGGUUGCUGAUCAGAUUCUUAAACUCGUUCCAAAUUUCGAGCACUUCCGGACAACAUUAAGAUGCAUGAAGUACUGGGCUAAGAGGCGUGGGGUCUAUUCAAAUGUUACUGGAUUUCUUGGUGGCGUAAACUGGGCGCUUCUGGUUGCACGCCUGUGCCAGCUUUAUCCAAAUGCUAUUCCCAGUAUGUUGGUUUCUCGAUUCUUUAGAGUGUAUACACAAUGGCGUUGGCCGAAUCCAGUCAUGCUCUGUGCAAUAGAAGAGGAUGAGCUUGGGAUUCCUGUCUGGGAUCCGCGAAAGUAUCACCGUGACCGCUAUCAUCUUAUGCCAAUAAUAACUCCUGCUUACCCAUGCAUGAAUUCUAGUUACAAUGUCUCUCAAAGCACUCUUCGUGUUAUGAUGGAGCAAUUCCAGUAUGGUAACAAGAUCUGUCAGGAGAUUGAGUUAAACAAACAACACUGGAGUUCCUUAUUUGAGCAAUAUAUGUUCUUCGAGGCAUAUAAAAACUACCUUCAGGUUGAUGUACUAGCAGCAGAUGCAGAAGAUUUAUUGGCUUGGAAGGGUUGGGUGGAGUCAAGGUUCCGGCAGCUGACCUUGAAGAUAGAACGAGACACAAAUGGGAUGUUAAUGUGCCAUCCUCAACCAAAUGAGUACGUGGACACUUCCAAGCAGUUUCGGCAUUGUGCUUUUUUCAUGGGCUUGCAAAGGGCAGAAGGAUAUGGUGGCCAAGAGUGUCAACAGUUUGAUAUACGUGGAACUGUGGAUGAGUUCAGGCAAGACGUAAACAUGUAUAUGUUUUGGAGACCUGGGAUGGACGUAUUUGUUUCUCAUGUUCGUAGACGGCAGCUCCCUCCUUUUGUUUUUCCAAACGGAUACAAAAGGUUUCGGCAACCCAAGCUCCAGAAUCAACAAGGCGGAGAACCUGGUGAGCCGGUUGAAUCUUUGUCCGCCAAUGUUGAGAGACAUGCCAAGAGAAAAAACGACAAUGAAUUGAUGGAUACAAGGCCAGAGAAACCUGAGAAGCGUGCAUCUGUUAGUCCACCUAGUGUAGAUGUAGUUUCUCCUGAAAGUAGUGCUAUCACAACUGGUGGGACUCCCCCGAUUGGCAUUGUUUCAGGUCCUAGAGCCGAAUGCUUAGUAACUAGUGAUAUUGGUUGCUCCAUCCCUAAUGAUCUUAACUCUGGUAGCAAGCAAAACGUAGAAGUGGAUAAUAGGUCUCUAGUUCAAGGCUGUCGUGACCUGGCUGAGCCUGUAGGAAAGGAUGCGAGACCUGAUCCUAGUGUUGUGGUAACAUGUGAAGGUGGGCAGAAUAAAGAAAAAGGUCGUGUUGUGGACUCUGAAUCUAUCAAUGACACUGACAAGCAACGUCUUCCAAGGAGACCAAAUCUGAAAGAGGAUGUUGAUAGAGUUGAGAGGGAAUCCAUGUUAGGAGAAAUUGCUGAUGGUGUUUUGCAGAAUGGAUUAUGUAGGCGGAGCCUUGAUCAUGAGGGUUUUUUGGCUGCUGCAAGUUUGGAUUCAUCUGGGGAACAUAGAAACUUGCAUUCAGAUGGAUUGUUGAAAAGUGGUUUGUCAGAAGAACUUCAGACAAAUAAUUUACUCAUGGGGAUGGGGAGGCCGGAAGACGGAGCUAGGUCAGAAUCAUUGCAGAAUUCACUGAUGAGCAGCAACAGGUUGGGCUUGAAGUCGAUAGUGUGAGGGUCUCAGCAAUCGUAAUGAGAGCCUGCAAAUAAAGAAAAGGAUAAAGACCAAAAAACAAAAAUAAAUAAAUAAGAAGAAUCAGAGCAACUAACUGUUGCUUUGGUGGACUACAGCUUCCAGAAUUCGACACUCAUUGGUAAGCACACCUAAUUUUGAAAAAAGAAAAGCUUAAAAAGGAGGAAAAAAAGAUUUCAAAAAACCAAAAAGAUGGAAGGAUAAAAAAAAGGAAAAAAAAAAAGAGAACUUUCAAAUGAUUUUGUUUGUUUGGUGGGAUAUGGGGCGAGUAUCCAAACGCUGGGGUGAGCGAGCUUGAAUAACUGUGGUUGGGACGUAAAGGCCAUGCCUUGUUCAGUGCUCCGGAAGGAAGUUGGGAGAGUUAGGUGUGAAGCUUGGUGCUGGUUCAUUGCAUUUUGUCUGAGAAUUGCAAAUUGCAGAGAAGAGAAUCAGUGAGGUCGCCAUGAAAGAAGGCAAGUGAGGUGUAUCUGUUUGCCUUUUUGCAGGGUAUUUCAGAUUCUUCUAUUAUGUAUUUUUUGUAAGCUUUCAGAGUGAAAUCUUUCAAUGUUAUAUGAUUUUCGGCAUGAAAACCGUCUGUUGCUACUCGCUUCUUUCAUGAUAGGCACAUUCAUGACGCUGGCACUGUGA